AUGACAAUUCACAGCUUUACCCCUCCAGUUAUUCAAGAAAUGAACAACACAUCCCCUUCUCCUCUUUUGUCUUACAAAACAAAAGAGCAAAAACAACAACAAUUUUCCUUUCCCCCACACAAUUUUGUUAUUGAUAUUGUUACCCAACAACAAACAAUACAAAAUUCUGGCAAAAAACGACAGCAUAGAAAAUUAAACGAAUUAAUCCCCAUUCGAUUUGUUAUUUUGGCAAUUUCUUUGUUUUGUUUGUCAAUAUUAAUUGCCAAUCCUUUGGCACUUAAUUUUACAGUUAUUUGUAUGUAUAAAGAAGUGCCAAUGGUGAAUAAUGAGGGACUAACGUUGUUACAAAAUUCAACAGAAAAAAUAAACGAUCAAUUUCUUGAACCUUUAUUUACUUCAAACGAGCAAAGUUUGCUUUUCUCAGCUAUAGCUAUUGGACAAUUAAUUGGCACUUUACCAAUUACUAAAAUUUAUACUCGAUUUGGUUUGAGAAAAUUACUGGCUACUUAUGGAUUUAUCAGUUCAUUAUCGACACUUUUAAUUGUACCAAGUAUUUACUUGGGGGGAUUUCCUACACUUUUGAUUUUGCGAAUUUGCCAAGGAUUUGGAUUGGCAGCAAUUUGGGUAGCUACUGGAUCAAUUAGCGCACAUUGGUCCCCAUUAUCAAAUUCUGGCAUUUUCCUCGCUGUUUUAACCUCCAGUUUUCAACUUGGCCCAAUAACCGCAAUGCCUUUGUCUGCCGAAUUCUGCUCGUCAGAAAUGUUUGGAUGGCCAGCAGUUUAUUACUUAUUGGGAACAAUUUCUCUGUUCCUUUUUACAAUUUUUUAUUGGAUUUAUAGAGAUUCCCCUAGAGAACACGAAUUCCUUUCUGCUCAAGAAUUGUCAAUUAUAGAAGAGGGAAAGUCUUUAAAAGAUAUUUCUGUUGGGCGUAGAAGGAAGGGAAAGGAGCUUAAACAAAAAACCCUUUAUAUGGCAAUUCUUAAAGAUUCAGCCUUUUGGGGCGUUUAUUUGUGUAGUGCUACAAGUAAUUUGGCAUUUCAAGUAUUUUGGCAAUUUGGACCGAUUUAUUUGAAUAAAGUAAAGUUAAAAAUGGGCGCUCCUGCCGUUUAA